UAGCUGUUUCUUCUACUCCUAUCCAUUGGGGAACUCGAAAUCAACUUCAAAAUGCCUAUCGACUAAGGAAUUGGCUGCCGUAGAGCUCACCUUUUCUCAAUCUACAAUAAGAAGAAUAAGAAGAACACAGCAAAGCCAUUAAUCACCAGUUUCUCAGUUCGUCAACAAAUACUAAGGUGGGCUACAAUGACAACAGCAGGAGUAGCUGCUAGUCCCAUAAAAUACUGUCUCCAAUUACCUGUACAAUGUCCAGGGUUGCGUGAGAAGAGAAUUUCAGUUCCCAACUUAGGGAGAUCAAGAAGUCAUUGUACUGUUCCUACACAGAAGUAUCACCCAAGAAAAAUGCCUUUAGUCAAGUGUGCAAUGGAAGCUUCUUUUGGUGGUUCUACAGAUGACUCUGCUGCUAUCUUUCCGAGAAUCAAUGUGAAGGACCCAUACAAACGGCUUGGAAUUAAUAGGGAAGCUUCUGAGGAUGAAAUCCAAGCUGCUAGGAACUUCCUGAUACAAAGAUAUGCUGGUCAUAAGCCAAGUGUGGAUGCAAUUGAAGCUGCCCAUGAUAAAAUAAUAAUGCAGAAAUUCUAUGAUAGAAAGAACCCAAAAAUUGACAUUAACAAGAAAGUCAGGGAAAUGAAACAAUCUCGUGUUGUGCAGGCUGUCACUAGCAGGUUUAGGACACCAGCUACAAAGUUCAUUGUGAAAACUUCCAUUGCUUUCAUAGUCCUUGGAGCUCUCACAGUUCUCUUUCCUACUGAAGAAGGUCCAACCCUUCAAGUUGCCAUUUCCCUGAUCACUGCCAUAUAUUUCAUUCAUGAUCGGUUAAAGAACAAACUUCGAGCUUUUCUAUAUGGCGCUGGUGCUUUUAUUUUCUCUUGGCUUUGGGGGACAUUCUUGAUGGUGUCUCUGGUUCCUCCCAUACUUAAAGGGCCAAGGAGUUUGGAGGUGACAACUUCAUUGAUUACGUAUGUACUUUUGUGGGUUUCAUCGACUUACCUCAUAUAGAACGGUUGAUUUCAUCAUCUCAAUUUUGUUAGAGAAGUGCCAUGAUUGUUGGUUGUAACCACUUGUAUUGCUAAGAUGUAGUGAGAUUUUUGAUACAAGAAAUUGUAGAUUUAUGGGAUGACACAUUCUUCUUUGCUUAGAAAUUGGUGAUUAUUCUUCAGGCUAAAUGCCUGCUUAUUCUGAGGCCAAAUGUUUGGUGCUGUUCACUUGCCA